UUCAAAACUCAGGACAAACAUUCCGUCCUCCUAACAAAACUCCGGCCAUUCCCACAUGCACACCGAGAAAUUUCUACUCCUCUCCAGUCCAAGCCUAUGUACUUUUCUCUAGAAUCUAAGGAAACAUUUCAAAAUCAAGUACAGCAAUUCACUGUUAAGCAUGUCUCCAUAGCUGAUGGAACAGGCAUUACAGAAUUAAAGAUUCUGGCAAAAUAAUAUUAAAUAAAAGAAGGGCAAGAAGCUUAGUAAAUGCUAUAAAAGGGGUCCAUAGGCUUUGCAUUCGAGUUUUGAAUUAUUUACUAAUUAGUUCUCCAUUUAAACACAAGAAUUUAAUAAAUUGCUGACAGAUUCAUCCAGCAUAACUUAUCUAAAGCACUCCAUCUGAAGAACAGUUUUUAAAAGCCCAACUAUACCAUAUGUGAUUUAAAUCGAUGGUAUGAUACAAAUUAAGCACCAAACUUCUCUUUAGAGGCAAAACUAAUUUACUCAGAUGGAAACACAUGCUUAACAAUGUUGGGAUUGUAAUGCAGGUAGUGGUUUGUGUGUGAUUUUUGUUGUUGUUGUCAGGCGAAAGGACACAACCAGUCACAUUAAAAUGCUGCUACUUAUCCCUGAACUUGCAGAAAACUAUGGUGGCAUAACAUUUACUGUUGAUUGUGGUCUCUCUUGCAGCCUAAGCCAAAAUGGCUAUGAGAGAAGAUCCCAGCUGGAGGGAGGGGACAUGCCUGCAAACAGCUUAAACGGCCUGUAGAAGCUGAGCAGAUUGCAUCCCCUUCACGCAUCACAACCACAUCAUCUAUAGGGCAUGCUACAUUGCAUUCAUUGCAAAGAUUGUCCUGGGAGAAGAGGAAAAAUGCUGCUUUAAAUUGAAACAGGCAAAUAUAACUUAAGCUGUCUCAUUAAGGCAACACUGAAUACAUUAAAAAACAAGUUAUGAGGGCAUCUUCAUGUCACAGUCAGGGGAAUAUGAGAAUCAGUACGUAGGGAAUAAUCAGUUGGCUGCAUUAAAGUGCUAUCUACCAGUCCUUGAGUUGGCAGAAAUGUAUGCUAGAAUAAAAUUUACUGCUAUGACUGUGGUGUUUAAUGAGAACAGUGAGUGGCGCUGUUUUAAUGCAGGACAAGUUAAGGAAAGCAAUUUAUGGAUUCCUCCAGCUUUGUUUCUCCUUUCAUCAAGCAUUGCCUGCUGGCAGGAAAUCAACUAACAAUCACUUUCCCUAACACAAGGCAGAGUGCAGUUGGAAGUGCUAGGGAGAUCUCCGAGACGGUUAAACGACGACGCCGAAGGCGCAACAGAGGAACCGCAGGAGCAGUUCCGCUCCGAGACAAAAUGGCCGCUGGAGCGCUCUUCUUCUCCUCCCCUCCGCGCCAUAUCCGGGGGAGGGGGGAAUGCGACCGGAAGUGGGUCGCGUUUCCAAGAUGGCGACUCCCUAUGUUACUGAUGAAACCGGUAAAUACAUCGCAUCCACACAGCGUCCAGAUGGUACCUGGAGAAAACAAAGACGGGUGAAAGAAGGCUAUGUUCCCCAAGAAGAGGUGCCAGUGUAUGAGAAUAAAUAUGUGAAGUUCUUUAAAAGCAAGCCAGAGUUACCUCCAGGCUUGAAUCCGGAAGUUAACACACCUAUGGCCCGGCAAACCUCAAAGGGACCCGAGGGUGGAGAGACGGGACUCUCCAAAACAGCUAAGAGGAAUCUCAAACGAAAGGAGAAGAGAAAACAGCAGCAGGAAAAGGGGGAUCGAGAUGCAGAUGACCUGAUUCAGUCUCUAGAGAAAACAACCUUGUCAGCGACACCAAGCAGCUGCGGGGAUGGUAAGCUGGCUGUGCCUGAUGGCAACCCAAGAGCCCCUGCUGGUAGCAGGGAUGUUUCGUCUGCUUCUGCCACCGCCACCUUAGAGAAGAACAAGAAAAUAAAAAACCUGAAAAAGAAACUACGGCAGGUGGAGGAGCUGCAGGCGCGGAUUGACUCUGGGGAGAUCAAGCAACCGAGCAAAGAGCAGUUAGACAAGCUGGCUCGGCGGAAAGCUUUGGAAGAGGAACUCGAGGACCUGGAACUGGAUUUGUAAAGGGUUGGAAUAUCAACUGGACAUAGCGUGUGUAGGAACAAACCGUCCCCGGGGAACAUUCUCAGAACUGUGCAACAAGAAGACCAGAAGAUGGUGAUGUCUUCAGGCUUCUCCUUUGUACCAUUAUUUUAUUUUAUGUUGGUGCUGUCUGAAUUUUUAAAAGUAUUUCUCCCAGCUGUUGAUGUGUUAGCUAUCUAGGAACUCUAAGAACAACUUUGCCACCUUCCUAAUUCUUUCUAGUUUCUUCCUCCCCUUCCCAACUCCAUUCCUGUUUCACGGGGUGGCUGAAAUGUCGUUUGGCACAGAGGGGCUGACUUUCAGAGGCACCUGAGCAGGGGGAGCAGUCAUUCUCUUCCUCCUGCUGCUGUAUUAUAUUCAACACUUUCAUGUUCUCUGUAACAGUCACUCCACCUUCCAUCUUCUCUUCCUCCUCAUUUUUAAAAGGGAUGCAAUAAUAAAAAUUGCAGUAGCGACUUCUGAGUCUAGGAUAUCUGUAUUUUUUCCCCCAGUAUACAUUUUUUAAAAGUCUUCUGUAUGGUAUCAGCAAUUUCAUAGGCUUUCCUUUCCUUGGCUGGUGGAUACAGUCCAGUGUCAGAACCUCUGGCUUGUGAUAGAUGUGAAAAAGGCAAAAGGAACAGUAGCUCAGUGAUAGAACAUAUGUUUUAUAUGCAGAAGUCUGACUCCAAUUAUUUUCUGAUAGGCUUGGAAAAAAGUCCCGCUUGAAGCUUUGGGUGGCCACUGUCAAUCUGUCUUAACAAUACCGAUCUCACCAGACCAGUGCUCUGGUUUAGCUAAGACAACUUCCAGGCUGGAUUUGCAUACCAUGCUAGUUGAGGUUAAAAUGGAACUGGAUAAUUUGUAAUGCAGUUUGCUGUGUGAGCUUAGGCGUUGUCUUACGUUGUGUGAUCCAGACUAUCAGAUUUAAGUGGCACCAUUUAUUUGUUUAGGCAGAACAUGUUGUAUUAGAAUUAUCAUAUCUGGGCAGCAAAUCUGCUUGGCCGCCAGGUGGCAGUAAAAGAGAUCAAUCUAAUCAUUGUCUAGAGUUUUUGCAGCCCAGAUGAAGUCUGCCUGGACAUAGCAAUUAUGUUCGGUUAACCAAGAGCUGGAUGUUUUGUGAGAACCCAGUCCCUAUGUUUCAUGUAAGGGCAUAUUAGAAAUACAAUUGAAAAUAAAUGUGUGGAUAUGGUGUGAUCAUACUUGGUCAUAGUGGGCACAGUUCUUGUCACCCUCAUAUAACAGUAAAUAUUAUAGUCCUGGGAAAAGUGAAGGGAAAGGCAAAGUGAACAGGGGUAUUCUUUGAUAUGAACAAAGGUCCUAGGGCUUCUUAGCCAAGGCAACUAAAUGUGGGGAAAGUACAUAGAGAACGUCUCUCUCUCUCUCUCUCUCU